AUGGGUGAUACUGCCAGUGAGACGAAUAAGGCUAAGGAAGAGGUCCUGCCAAAGUUCGGACAUGGGAUGCUUGAUCAGUUCUGCUUUCCUCCGGGCUUUAUCAACCUGAAUCAUGACUCGUACGGGUCUCUGCCUAUCCCCGUCCUCCGCGCGACGGAAAAGUUGGCUGUCCAAGUCGAACAGAAACCGGACCUCUUCAUCCGAAACACUGCCCGCAAGAUGCUGCAGGAAGUUCGUGCGAGAGUCGCACAAGUUGUGAACGCUGAUGUGGAUGAAUGUGUUAUCAUCACCAACGCAACGCACGGAAUUAACACGAUCCUUUUUAACAUCGAUUGGCAGCCCGGAUCAAGACUGAUGAAAAUAGUCUCCUCAACGUACGGUGCAGUCCAACGAACGAUUCCCAUGACCCUCGAUCGUACAACUGGCGUAGAGCUCGUCUCCAUCCCAGUAACAUACCCGAUUACGCACUCAGACCUUUUAGAACGCUUCCGCAGCACACUGGUCUCCAUCCCUUGCCAUGCCGGACAGAAAGUCGUUGCUAUCAUCCACGGGAUCGCCAGCAAGCCAGGAGUGCUCCUGCCCUGGGAAGAGAUGGUAGCCAUAUGCAAGGAGCUGGACGUAUGGAGUGUCGUGGACGGGGCGCAUCUGUUAGGCCAGGUUCCCGUGGAUCUGAACAAGACUCAGCCGGACUUUUGGGUCUCCAACGGACAUAAAUGGCUCUUCUCUAAACGCGCCUCCGCCGUAUUCUACGUUCCAAAACGAAAUCAGCACCUGAUCAAGUUCACCCUUCCUAGCAGUAUAGGCUACGUCUCCCCUCAGGACGAAGUCCCCUCUGCAACAGGCAGCGGGCGCUUUGUAACCUUAUUCGAAUAUUGCCGGACGAUCGAUUACGUGCCGUUCCUCUCCCUCGCCCCGGCACUAGAUUACCGCCAGAGCCUAGGCGAAGAAGAGAGGAUAACAGCGUACUGUCACUCUCUGGCCCUCGAGGGGGGUAAGAAGCUCGGAGAGGUUUUGGGAACGGAGGUGAUGGACAACUCGGGGGAGCUGACGGCUAACAUGACGAACGUCCGCCUCCCCCUCUCCCCCCCCAGCAAGCUCAGCACCCCCCAACUCCAAGACCUGAUAUUCAGGAUAUGCGACCAGCUCUCAGAAGAACACGGGCUGAUGGUGAACUUGUACGUGCACGACGGGGGAUGGUGGACGAGAUGUAGUGCGCAGAUAUGGAAUGAGAUUGGGGAUUUUGAAAAGGCGGGAAAGAGACUGCUCGAGCUGUGUAAGCAGAAGGAGGAGGAGAUGAAACAGCUUGCUUCGGGGGAAGUAGCAACUAAACCGGAAGAAGUAUGA